AGCAACUUUUUCCUUAGCGAAAAUGUUGUCCAAGGCUUCGUUAAGGAGAUAUUAACAAAAAACCCCAACCAAUCAGAGCGCGCGUAUACCGUUGGAACAACUAGGUGUCCGCUUUUGAAAAAGUUGUUUCAAAUCACCUCCCGAACCACCCCUUUCAAGGUGUUACAACAUUUUUGAGACACGCUGUAUGUUCGCGAAAUUUCUAGAAAGAAAGACGUGAAUUUUGCAAUCGAGUGUCUUGAUGUUUAGUAUUUUUCAAUUUUGAAGUUGAAGUUAAUUAAAAAUACAUAGAAAGUGACUGGCAGAAUUUUAUUUGACAAAAUUUUUCGAAAAAUUUUGAAUAGCUAUUUAUUUUAGUUAAUAAAUUUGGACAUUAUAACAUACUGAGAGCUUCUGACUUCAAACAUGGCUAAGUGGGGUGAAGGAGAUCCAAGAUGGAUAGUUGAAGAAAGGCCUGAUGCUACUAAUGUUAAUAAUUGGCACUGGACGGAAAAGAAUGCCUGUGCCUGGUCUCAGGAGAAGUUGAAAGAAUUAUUUACCAAUAUGAAGAUAGAAGGAGAUGAAGUUUCGUGUACAGUAACAGAAGUAGAAAAAUGUGAGGGUGAGGCAAUGGCAAACAAUAGAAAAGGUAAAUUAAUUUUCUUCUAUGAAUGGAAUAUUAUUUUGAAAUGGAUAUUCAAUGGAAAAUCUAAUAAGAAGAUAGAGGGUAAAAUAAACAUUCCGAAUCUAUCUGAGGAGAAUGAUAUUUCUGAAAUAGAUAUUGAAAUUACUCUGAAAGAUAGCACUGAUGAAGGUGAAUUAGUAAAACAUUUUCUACAUACAAAAGGGAAAAAAGCUAUCAGAGAAAAAUUGGAAAAAUAUGUCUCAUCUUUAAAAGAAGAAUUCACAGUUGGAAUGAUCCUACCCAAGAAAGAUAGCGUGAAGGAAUCUAUUACGAAUAUCACAUCUGGAUUCAAUGCCAAAGUUCAAAUGAAUUCUACAGUGGUAUCAUCAAAUAAUAAAAAGGAUGCAGGAUGUAAGAUUUCUACAACAACAAUCAAACAGCAGCAGAAAUUCCAGUGCAGAGCAGAAGAAUUUUACAAUGUUUUUACAACAGUUGAGAUGGUUCAGGCGUUCACGAAAGGACCAGUCAAUCUUGAACCAAAGAAAGCAGGCAAAUUUGAAAUGUUCGGUGGUAAUAUACACGGUAGCUUUGUAGAAAUUACGCCCACAAAAAUCGUUCAAAAAUGGCGCUGCAAACAGUGGCCUGAUGGUCAUUUUAGCGAUGUUAUUAUUGAAAUCGCAGAGAAAAGUGAUCAUACUGAAGUUAACUUAACGCAAGUAGGUGUACCAGUUAGCGAGGAAGAUUCGACGAAACAAAAUUGGGAAAGGUAUUACUGGGAUGCCAUAAAACGUACAUUUGGAUUCGGAUAUUUUAUGUGAUCUAUGUAUGUUCUGAAUUUCACUUGCUUAUUGAUAAGUAGAAGAAUGAUUAAAACAUGUAUUGUCGCAAGCCACCUCGCAUAUCGUUUACGAACUAGCCGCAUAAUAAUCAGCCUGGUACAAAUUGUUUUUCUCCUGAUGCUAAUUAUUACAACUAUCCUUUAAUCCUAAUCUUCCUGCUCUCUCUCGUGCACCGCAUCGCGUAACCAAGAAACAUCAGGUCAUAGCUUAAACGUAAGUGAAUCAUCGUAUGUAUUAAUAGUUGUAUAUGUGAAAUAAAUCAUGUCACAUA